AUGUCCCUGUUGAACUUCUGGGACACCCAGCGCCCCGCGAAACGACGCCGAAUCUCGGAGGAGAGCACGGAGACCAAACCGCCUAGCCCGAGCCCUGAGCCCAAAGAGGUUUUCAAAACGGAGAAUGCAGAAGAUGCAGAAGCAGACCAUCUCCCGAUGAGCCAGACGGACCUGGAAACCUCCCUCCCCACAAUCAAGACGGAGGACGCAAUCGAGGAGUAUGAGGCCUUGAAAGACGUCGACACGGGACUGCACAUGAGACUGCGAGAUGGAGUUUGGCAGAAAGGCAAAAGCUCCAUCUACGUCGAUGCCUUCAACCUAGCACUGGAAACUGUGCUGGUUGAAGAAUCGCAUCUGUUUAGCCCGGCGGAGAUGGAGAUCUUCACGCAGUGGCGAAAGCUGUCCUACGAGUCUCAAUAUCUCUAUGUCCGUCUAUUCCUUCGCAAAACCUCUGCCUGGCAUCGUGUCAACAAGUUGAAUUAUUACUCCGAUAUAUCGGAUUUGACCUCAGUGGCUGAGGAUCUGCAGCAAGAUCGCAGCCUACCGGAUUCUGAACUCGGGUCUACGUUCAGAUUCGCAGAGGGAAUCGAAGAGAUUACCACAUUGGAAGAGGCAUCGUCUUUGCUUCUAUUGGAGGAGCUGAAGAUCUUUGCCAAAGAAGCCAAAGUACAGGGCAAAAGCAAAAAAGAGCUGUUGGCAGCGCUUUGUGAGACAAGCCAGAACCAAACAGGUCUUCGAGACACGGGCAACAGAGACAAUCAUUUCACCCAGAAGAUAUUAGACUACACAGGCGGGUGCAUCAGACUCGUUUCGCUGCCCCGCGCUCUGUUUGAGCGAGUACACUUGGUCUUCUACCGCUCGACGGAAUGGACUGAAAAGUCCCUCACAACCAUCAUUUUGGCGAAGAUGUCCAAAAGAGCAUUCCCUGAAUAUAUCGUUUGUCGCUCAAAUUCGAUAUUCGCAUCUAGAGACGCCCUUCUAGAAUUUGAAUCAGCCAUUCAAACACAAUUCGCCGUUGAUAACAUUCUCGAAUUCAACGGCCCACCCACCACUGAACUACUACAACACAUCAUUGAUCUAGCGAACAAGUUCUAUCCUCGAUGGAAAGAACUCGUCGAGCAAGAGCAACAAAAAGAAGACAGUAUAUACGAAAGCGGCGAAGGCGCUUACCUACGUCGAUUCUCGCCAGCCUGGGUCCUAACCCGAAUCAUCCACAAAAGCCUCCACCCACUAGGUCGGUUCAAGGAGCAUAAACGCGAGCACGAAGUACUGGGAGAGCUUCUCUCCCAGCGUCUCUUUCACGCCGCACGUCGCGGAGCAUGGUACCAGCGCAAAGCAUUGCUGGAAGAGCAUUAUAUGUGGGCUCUGACAUCAACUGAUGGGCGCAGCGAGGAAGCCCAGCGCAAACACUGGAAGAGGAUUGCGCUGCGGACCUGUGAAACCGGGUUGGAAGACCCGCUCUGUCACUUGAUUUUCCAUUAUGAUCUGCAGAAGCGAAUCACCAAGCUGGAAAAGGCUCUGCGGGUGGUCAAGCGCGAGCAGCAUGAUUUCGGACAUGUAAUUCUAGGCAAGCCGGCUGAGCGGACGAUCGAGGGUAUCCGUGUAGAUACGGAUGAAGUUCUGAAAGCAGGAUCCCGGAAAGGGAAACCGACUAUUUGGAUUGAUCCUAGGGAAGGGGGUGAGUGUCGAGUGGAAAGUAUGUGUUUGAGCUGGUAUCGCGAUCACGGCUGGAAGGGAUAUCACUGUGAGGGAGGCAUAGUUCGAACACUGUUCGGCUACCUCUUCUACGAUAUCCUCUUCACGUAUGUGCCCAACGUGUUUCAGACUGCUUUCCAAACAUGUCCGCUCGAUCUCCACACGGAUGUGUUCUAUCCAUCCCGGGCAUCAGAGAUCAACCAUCGCUUAGUCGAGAUCACGAACGGGGGUGCUGAGCGCAUCGUCCGCGGUAUCCAUGAUCUCCACUCGGAAACUCAGCCCUGCGUUGUCGGGCUUGACUGGUCAUUUGAUCUGGAUGACUUGGUUGAGAUCGUGCAGUGUUUCCGCGGUGAAGCUCUUGCUACUAUUUGCAAGGUCAUGGCGCAGGAAUACCAGCAGCGUGGGGGAGGCAUCCCCGACUUGUUUCUCUGGAACUAUGAGACCAAGACGGUGAUGUUUGCCGAGGUCAAGUCGGAGAAUGAUCGUUUAAGUGAUACCCAGCGUCUUUGGAUCCAUAUCUUGUUGGCAGCUGGCGUGAAGGUGGAGCUCUGUAAUGCUGUUUCAUCGAAGCAAUCAAAAGAGUAA